AUGCUUCUCGUUUUGAACACGGCGAGGCGGGGUCUCUUGGCCUCGCCCGGCAAGUCGCUGGUUCAGCAGCAUCUGCGACCGCUUUCGAUGCUUGUGAAUCGGCCCAUUUCUCGAGCUCCAGCUGUCCCUGUUCUUAUGGCUGUUCGAGGCAAAAAGACCGACUCUGAUCUGCCCCGAGAUAUCGAUCCUAUUGACCCUCGAAGCAACUCGUUGCGAUCUCGAAUCCCAUCUUUCCCUCUCGGUAAGGAGGCCCAGCCGACCAUCAUUCCCAAACCCGACACUCCUGUGGUCGGCCCUCGGCUCUCUUUCACUGAAAUGAUGCUGAUCCUGAAAAACAAAAAGGAGCCCGAGUUGCUGUACGAAGCCGAGCCCCACCGUCUCUACUUUGUCAUUUGUUUCUGUGGCUCGUUUGUGCUGGCUUUGUACGGAAUCAUGUUUGGAGAGAACCUGCUGAGUGCUGCCUACAUGGACUGGAAGAUGAACCCCACCGACGAGCCAUUUGUGCACCAGAUGUUCAAGUUUGGACUGAGAUCUGCUGUGCCCAUUGCCUUUACCUCCAUUUUCCUCUUCAUGUCCUACGUUCUUGCUCGUUUCCCUGGCAGACUGAUCCGACGUCUGUACUACCUUCCUGGCACCUACAUGAAGGGUGUUCCCGAGCACAUGCAGGGCGUGGAUCACAUUCGGUUUGUGACCCACCCCUAUCUUCCUGGUAGACCCUCUCCCGUCUACACAGUGAACCUCAACCAGCUGCGAUGUGGAGAGAGGACAACCAUUUUCACCAAGGACGGUUUCUACGGUACCGCCUCCAAGUCAUCCUUCUUCUUCUUCAUCUGGGAAGGCAAGAGUUGGGUUCCCUGGGUGGUCGAUCGAUCCGGCUGGUUCUGGGGCGACGGACGAGUAUGGGAUGUACUGUUUGGAAAGAAAUCCAUCAAGGAGGCCGAAAAGGGUCUGUCUGAGGACGACAAGAUCAAACAGCACUGGCGAAUCCAGGACGCCGCCAAGGCCGAGCGAAAGCUCAAGGAGGGCAAGUCCUUCUAUAUCAACGAGUACAAGCGCGGCUUUGAGCGCGACUUCAACACCCUCAAGGCUAACACCGUCGGGCUUGUGGAGGACAUUAAGGAGAAGCGAAAGGAGGACAAAAAGAAGGCGCUUGAAGAGCCCCAGACAAAGUUGACCUGGCAACAGAAGCAUAAGCAGAAGUUGAAGAACAAGAAGAAGCAAUAA